GUCCAUUGCAGGUGCACAUAUCUUUGGCAGGAGAGAAACAUAUGCGAAUCACAUGGACUACUGAUGAUAAGUCUGCUCCAUCAAUAGUUGAAUAUGGAGCAGCCCCUGGGCAAUACAGCUCGGUUGUUGGUGGAGAGAGCACAUCUUACAGUUUCCUAUUCUAUAGCUCAGGACAAAUACAUCACACUGUCAUUGGGCCUCUGGAAUAUGAUACUGUUUACUUUUAUCGAUGUGGAGGGCAAGGUCCUGAAUUUCAAUUCAAAACCCCUCCAGCUCAAUUCCCAGUUACUUUUGCUGUAGCUGGUGAUUUAGGUCAAACUGGCUGGACUCAAUCAACACUAGACCAUAUUGACAAAUGCAAAUAUGAUGUGCAUCUGCUGCCAGGGGACCUUUCAUAUGCAGAUUACAAGCAGCAUCACUGGGACACUUUUGGUGAGCUGGUACAGCCACUUGCAAGUGCCAGGCCAUGGAUGGUAACAGAAGGCAACCAUGAAGAGGAGAAGAUACCACUACUCGAGGAUGCGUUUCAGUCCUAUAAUGCAAGAUGGAAAAUGCCAUUUGAAGAGAGUGGAUCAAGCUCCAAUCUCUACUAUUCUUUUGAAGUUGCAGGGGUCCAUGUUGUCAUGCUUGGCUCAUACACUGAUUAUGAUAAGUAUUCUGACCAAUAUAGUUGGUUGAAGGCUGACCUGUUAAAGGUGGACCGCAAUAGGACACCUUGGUUAGUAGUGCUAUUCCAUGUUCCAUGGUAUAACAGUAACUAUGCUCAUCAAGGUGAAGGAGAUGGUAUGAUGGCAGCCAUGGAACCACUGCUGUAUGCUGCUGAUGUUGACAUAGUGAUUGCUGGACAUGUGCAUGCUUAUGAACGCUCAAAACGCAUUUACAAUGGGAUAUCAGAUCCUUGUGGUCCUGUCCAUAUAACUAUUGGAGAUGGAGGAAACAGAGAAGGUUUAGCCCACAAGUAUAAAAACCCCCCACCAGAGUGGUCAGUCUUCCGUGAAGCAAGCUUUGGUCAUGGUGAGCUCAAGAUAGUGAAUUCAACCCAUGCAUUUUGGAGCUGGCAUCGUAACGAUGAUGAUGAGCCAGUGAAGUCUGACGAGGUGUGGAUAACCUCUUUGAUCAGCUCUGGAUGCCCUGUCAAGAAGAAUCACAAUCUAAGCGAGAUUCUGUUGGAACCGUGAAGUAGUUAUAUCUUGAGUUUUACAGCAAAUUUUCUAUCCUGUAAAUUCAAAACGGAAACCGUGCGAUGGUCAUGUAAAAUAUGUAGUAGCUGCUUGAACCAAUGGAAUGAUUGGCCUCUUCAUGUAUUUGGUAAUUGAUAGUCAUUGAUGAAAUCAAGCUCUCUUGUACGU